AUGCGUUUCGCAUUCGUCGCAGCAAUUUUCGCUCUCGGAGCAAGUGCACUCCCUCAACCUCAAGAUGUCUCGACUGACAGCUUCGGCGGCGGCGGCGGUGGCGGCGGUGGCAAUCCCCGCUGCUUGAACGACGGUGGCGCCAACUACAUCGUGAACAGCUAUGCCAAGUUGCUCGAAUUCCCUCAAGGAGCCGACUUCAACGCCACCGCCCAGAAGCUCCUUUCCAACAAGUUCAUUGUGUACUCUGAUUCCAUCAACUCCUUGUCCGGACGACCUCUCGGCCAACCCUCGUAUCCCAGCAAGCAAGCUUUCAUUGCAGGCCAGGCUCAGACCCCGGCGCUUCCCGGUCUCAAGACCCUCGAGGUCUUCCACACCUGCAACAAGAUCGCAUGGCGCUGGAUUGUCACCGAGUUUGGUACCCGAACCGCCGAGAUCAAGGCUUUCAUCCAGUUGGACGUCGACCCUGCCAAACUCCAGAUCGACCAGGUCUUCUCUGAAUUCAACACCAUUGCAUUCGCCGCCAACAUCCCUAAGUAG